CUUUUAAUCAUAGGCAAACACCCUAUUCCAUUUUAAUGGCUCCUUCCUUCAUGGUUCGUUUUAAGAUCAAUAAAGCUUGACCCUUUACUUAAAACACCUUAAUUUAAUUUGGGUUUGUAUUAUUUUCUUUGAAAAAGUGAAGUAAAGAGGCAAAGAGUUGAGUGUUAGGUUUAUAUAUAUAUAUAUAUAUGGUACUACUGCUUUUCUUUUCUUUUCUUUUCUUCUUCAAUAUUGAGAACAUUUGUGGUUUGUAAAUAUCCAUUUUAGGGAUUGUUAUUUGAUGGUGUGAAAAUCAGUGUAAAGGUUUGCGUUUUUAUUUGUCUGCCCUCAUACUUGUUUAGUUAAAUGGAAAUAAAUAAUGAAUUUCAAUUGGAUUCAAAGUGGUUAAUCGAUCCUAAACAUCUUUUUGUUGGACCAAGAAUCGGAGAAGGUGCUCAUGCCAAAGUAUACGAAGGAAAAUAUAAGAAUCAAACAGUUGCGAUUAAAAUUGUUCAUAGAGGGGACACGCCGGAGGAGAUUGCUAAAAGAGAAGGGAGGUUUGCUAGAGAAGUUUCAAUGCUUUCUAGAGUUCAACACAAAAAUUUAGUAAAGUUUAUUGGGGCGUGUAAUGUCCCUGUCAUGGUGAUAGUUACUGAGCUUCUAUUAGGUGGUUCAUUGCGUAAGUUCUUGGUGAACUUGCGACCGAGAGGCUUGGAGACACGUGUUGCGGUUAGUUAUGCGCUUGACAUUGCUCGGGCAAUGGAAUGCUUGCAUUCACAUGGGAUUAUUCAUCGUGAUCUGAAGCCUGAAAAUUUGAUAUUGACUGCAGACCACAAGACCGUAAAACUUGUAGACUUUGGUUUAGCAAGAGAAGAGUCAGUAACAGAGAUGAUGACUGCUGAGACGGGGACAUAUCGUUGGAUGGCUCCUGAGUUGUACAGCACAGUCACGUUGAGGCAUGGAGAGAAGAAACAUUACAACCAUAAGGUUGAUUCCUACAGCUUUGCUAUUGUGCUGUGGGAACUUAUACACAACCGACUUCCAUUCGAAGGCAUGUCGAACCUCCAAGCAGCAUAUGCAGCUGCUUUCAAGAAUGUUAGACCUAGUGCAGAAGACAUCCCUGAAGAUUUAGCUUUAAUUGUAACACCGUGUUGGAAGGAGGACCCAAAUGCUAGACCUAACUUCAGCCAAAUAGUGCAGAUGCUUUUACAUUAUCUGACCACUAUUUCUCCACCCGAACACAUGAUCCCAUCUCGCAUGUUUAGUUCAGAGAACAAAGUAUUACCCCCAGAGUCUCCAGGUACAAGUUCAUUAAUGGCUAUGCACAACGACACUGGUGACAAGCCAGACGAGAACAUACAGGAGUCAAGGGGUUGUCUAUUUUGUUUCCAUCAUUGCUUCUGACCCCCUUAACCACAACAACACGUCUGCUUCACAAAUCAUAAUACCAGAGGAGAUUUUCGCGGUAUGAAAUGGGUCUUAUAUAUGUGGAUCAGUGUUUUGUGGCUCCAAACAUUGUGGAUGCGUAACUUAUAGACGAUACGGUAGGGAUCCUACGUAGCACCCUAAAGAUACACUGGAAAAUGAAUGAAACGUACUCCGCUACCCAGUCAGAUAAUUGUAACAAACAAUUGUGGACUAUAGAAUACUGGAAGAGUAGCGCUGUUUGUUACCAAGUUACCGAGUUUUACCUUAACCGCGGUAAAGCAGUUACAGUGCCUGGAAAAAUUAUAUAAUAGUUGUUGAGUGCUUAGAUUAGAACUACAAGUGGGUAAUAAUAAUAUAGGGAUCGUUGUAGUUGUAAAAAGCUUUAUAAUAAAUAGAACAAACGUUUUAAGCAGCUUAUCUGCUUUUACUAUA